GAGAUGUGUUGUUUUUUUUGAUAGCUUUGGUGUUGAACAUAACAGCCCUCAUGUUUAGCCCCUGCGACGCGACUCGUGCCAAGUGAAUCUGACCCCCCAGAACGCGAUCUUUACUGGGGGAGCCCCCUCGGAGCAGCAGUUGGGCGGGUUUUAUCGUGGAGACCUGGCAACCCUGCAGUGGAGAGUUAUCUGUGUUAUCGGAGUGUGUGAGAGAGAGAGAGCGCGUCGCACACAGCGGACUCGGCGAACAUGGCAUCCGGCGAGACGCUGUACAUCGAGGCGGACGGCUCGGAGAUGCCCGCGGGGCUCGUGGAGCUGCACGAGAUCGAGGUGGAGACCAUCGAGACCACGGUGAUGGACGACGACGAGCAGCAGCCCAUGAUCGCGCUGCAGCCGCUGCUCACAGACGACCCGAGCCAGCUCCACCAGCACCAGGAGGUGAUCCUGGUCCAGACCCGCGAGGAGGUGGUCGGCGGCGACGAGUCGGAGCUCCAGGAGGACGACGGCUUCGAGGAGCGGAUCCUCAUCCCGGUGCCCGCCGAGGAGCACUACAUCGGGCAGACGCUGCUGACAGUCGCCGGCAGGAGCUCCGCGGGGCGGCUGGGGAAGAGAGCGGCGUCGGGGGGCAAGAAAGCGGGCAAGAAGAGCUACCUGAGCGCGGCGGAGGCCUGCGGGAGGAAAUGGGAGCAGAAGCAGGUGCAGAUCAAGACUCUGGAGGGCGAGUUCUCCGUCACGAUGUGGGCUUCGGAUGACAAGAAGGACCUGGCUCACGAGACGGUGGUGGAGGAGCAGGUCAUCGGGGAGAACUCUCCUCCGGAUUUUACCGAGUACAUGACGGGAAAGAAGCUCCCGCCCGGCGGCAUCCCGGGAAUCGACCUGUCGGACCCCAAGCAGCUGGCGGAGUUCGCCAGCCCCUUCAGUCACAGCGGAGCUGGUUUUGCUCGCAGUCCCGUUCGAAUGAAGCCGAGGAAGAUCAAGGAGGAUGACGCGCCUCGGACGAUAGCCUGCCCGCACAAAGGCUGCAGUAAAAUGUUCAGGGAUAAUUCAGCCAUGAGGAAGCACCUGCACACUCACGGCCCGCGGGUCCACGUGUGCGCCGAGUGCGGGAAAGCCUUCGUGGAGAGCUCCAAACUCAAGCGCCAUCAGCUGGUUCACACCGGAGAGAAGCCCUUCCAGAAUGUAUCGUAA